AUGUCUAAGGUAGCCAAGUAUCGCCGGCAGGUGAGCGAAGACCCCGAUAUCGACAGCCUGCUGUCCACCCUAUCUCCUGAGGAGAUGGAGGAAUUGGAGAAGGAGCUGGAUGUGGUGGAUCCAGAUAUGAGCAUUCCUGUGGGGCUGCGGCAGAGAAACCAGACGGAGAAGCAGUCUACCGGCAUGUACAACCGGGAAGCCAUGCUCAACUUCUGUGAAAAGGAGACCAAGAAACUGAUUCAGAGGGAGAUGUCCAUAGAUGAAAGCAAGCAAGUAGAAACCAAGACAGAUGCCAAGAAUGGAGAGGAAAGGGGCAAAGAUGCCAGCAAAAAAACCCUGGGCCCCAGACGGGAUUCUGACCUAGGGAGAGAGCCAAAGAGGGGUGGCCUAAAGAAAACCAUCUCAAAAGACAAAGAUGAGACUGAUAGCAAAAUCAAUGAGAAGCCUAAGGAGGAAAAGGUCAUCAGGGGCAUUGACAAGGGCAGGGUCAGGGCUGCAGUGGACAAGAAGGAGGCAGGCAAGGAUGGCAGAGGAGAGGAGAGGGUCAUGGCCACAAAGAAAGAAGAUGAGAAGAAAGGGAGUGACAGGAACACAGGUCCUAGCAGAGACAAAGAUAAGAGAGAGGAGAUGAAGGGAAUAACCAAGAAAGAGGAUAACGGGAAGGUAAAGGGGGAAAGUAGGAACCCGGACACCAAGAAAGAGGAUUGGAAAAUGAAAAGAGAAAGUGGGGACACAGGCACGAAGAAGGAGGAUGAGAAGGCAAAGAGAGGAAGUGGAAACACAGAAGCAAAAAAGGAGGAUGAGAAAGUUAAGAAGAAUGAGUUCCAAAACAAAAAAGAGCCCAAGGAAGAGAGCAAGACCAAAGCACUAGAGGGAAGCCCUUCAGAGAAGCAACCCCCAAGUGGCCCUGCCAAGCCCUCUGAAGGAUCUGCCAAGGUGGAGGAGGAAGCAGCUCCCAGCAUAUUUGACGAACCUCUGGAGAAAGUGAAGAACAAUGAUCCAGAGAUGACUGAGGUCAAUGUCAACAACUCAGAUUGCAUCACAAAUGAGAUCUUGGUCCGGUUUACUGAGGCUCUGGAAUUCAACACCGUGGUCAAGGUGUUUGCCUUGGCCAACACACGAGCUGAUGACCAUGUGGCCUUUGCCAUCGCCAUCAUGCUCAAAGCCAACAAGACUAUCACCAGCCUCAACCUGGACUCCAACCACAUCACAGGUAAAGGCAUCCUGGCCAUCUUCCGAGCUCUCCUCCAGAACAACACACUGACUGAGCUCCGUUUCCACAACCAGCGACACAUCUGCGGUGGCAAGACGGAAAUGGAGAUUGCCAAAUUACUCAAGGAGAACACCACCCUGCUCAAGCUGGGCUACCAUUUUGAGUUGGCUGGACCCCGAAUGACCGUCACCAACCUGCUCAGCCGCAACAUGGACAAGCAGCGACAAAAACGGCUGCAGGAGCAAAGGCAGGCACAGGAGGCCAGUGGAGAGAAGAAGGAUCUGCUGACGGUGCCCAAGGUGGGUGCCCUGGCCAAGGGUUCUCCCAAGCCCUCACCUCAACCAUCUCCAAAGCCCUCUCCAAAGAACUCACCCAAGAAGGGGGGUGCUCCAGCCGCCCCACCACCACCUCCACCUCCCUUGGCACCACCCCUUAUCAUGGAGAACCUGAAGAACUCUCUCUCACCAGCUACCCAAAGGAAGAUGGGAGACAAAGUGCUCCCUGCCCAAGAGAAGAACUCACGUGACCAGCUACUGGCCGCCAUCCGCUCCAGCAACCUCAAGCAGCUCAAGAAGUUAAGUAGUUGUGGGCGUGGGCAACAGUGA